AUGCACCCGUCUCUAGUAUUCCCAUCGGAGUGCGCCGAGUGUGCGCAACUGAUGCAACUCGUCUGUCUUCAUUCUAGUGGAAGGCUCUCCUCAGUUAUGCGCCACUUGGGUUUCUAACCCUGAUAUUGAAUAGUCGUUUGCUCACCGGUGUUCCUCCCGCUAUAUGAGUUUUAUUUUCCCUCGACCGGAUACUUGGAAUUAAUCGCUUUGCCGAGGACGAGGCAAUUUGUCUUACUUCUUUUGUAAAUUUAAAGCUCUGUGGAAAUGUUAUAACGUAUUCACGGUACACUGACAAAUAGCACUUGAAGAUCCCUUUGAUAUUCCCAGCGCUUUCUGGGAGAAAGUUUUUGGUCAUAAAUUGACUAUUCUCCAAUAAUAUAACUCACAGCCGAGGAGAAACGGACUGUUCUUCUCCAUCACCUUUCCGGAUGAGUGGCUAAUUUUGAGGACAGAGAAUCGCGGAAUAUUGUGCACUGUUUUGGAACAUGUGGGGCCUCAGGCUAUCUUUACAUUCCCCAAGAAUGUCGAUGAACGGCUAACAUGUUGCUUGAAUAGUAGGCAAUUGCAAGAGACAAGAAGUGAAAGGUCACAGGAAAGACUGUUCGAAGUUUUAAACACUACAUAAGAGGUUUCACUGGGCUGAAGUGCAUUUCGCCUGUAUGUAAUGCAAGGAUCAGCAAGGAGCCUCAAAGUAAAUUUAGAAUCGACCGACCAACCAAACCAAUAUAUUGCUGAACGGCAGUGACACAAGCGGUUUUUUGCGUUUCUUAGCGAAGUUACAAUCAUGAACAAUACUCAAAAGACUCCAAUGAUGUUCUCUGCCUGAUUUGGAAAAAUUAAAAAAAGCCAUUUGUUUUAAUUUGCCACCUUUACUGAUGCUAUCCGUGCUAUUAUUAUUUUUGGCACUGGAAAUAUUUUUAGAACGAAUGGAAUAUUCAUAGGAAUGAACCUUUAGAGGCCCCUGUUCAUAUGUGAAUGCCCUGAUAAAAGAUUACUUGCAAGCUUAUUCAAAGUGUGGCUACACGCCUCCUGCAUCACGUUUCACAUUUAGACCAGAAAAUGUGCGUCAUUUCUAGAGGGUAAUUUAUACGAUUCUGAAAUAGCGCAAAUAUUAUCCAUCACCCACGGGCAACUCUAAGACGUCUUAAGAUUUAAAGGAAAAAUGAGCGUGGUUUCAAUUUACAAGAAAUGUAAGCCUUCGACGGAUUUUUGAAAUGGUUUUGUGACGAAGAAGGAAAAGAAGAACCCGUCAAUGCCUACGACAUCGAAAGGUUUAGAAAUUCCGAUCUACUUUAGAUUACACAUUCGGAUCAGUGAAUUAAUGGGAAGCGUUUUCUUCAAAUCAAGUGUUAGCGCUUCCGAAAUGGACUAACCCUUUCAAGGUUUUUACAUAACUUUGUUGGUAUUGUUUAGUUUACAGCGCCGUGAAAAGACUUGGUCUUUUUGCAACCAGCACAUUGAAUCAUGUCUGACGGAGAGGAGCACUACCGUUUGGUAGUGAUGGGGUCAGGUAAAGUAGGCAAAACCGCAAUAAUUCAACAAUUUAUCAAUAAUAAAUUCGAGGAGAAGUAUAAAGAGACGGUAGAGGAUCUACACUGUCGGGAAUAUCACAUCAAUGGACAUAGUAUUAAAGUAGAUAUUCUUGAUACGUCAGGAACAUUGCAAUUUCCGGCGAUGAGGCGAUUAUCAAUCUCUACGGCUCAUGCCUUUGUGUUGGUUUAUUCUAUUGAUGAUUCGGCGUCGUUUGAGAACGUUAAACAGAUAUAUAAUCAGAUUCAAGAACAGAGGACAAACUUCGGAGACAUACCAAUUGUGGUUGUAGGGAAUAAAUCCGAUCUCGAGCUCCAACGUCGGGUUGAUAUCGACGAUGCACGCGUGACUUUGGCGCAAAAUAAUUGGCACUGCGCGCACGUUGAAGCGUCAGCAAAGGAGAAUUCUCUAAUACUGGAUAUCUUUCAAAAGCUUCUGCAGAUGGCGAAGAUCCCCAUCGCCCGAGAGUUGAGCCCAGUGUUAAAAAGGAGAAUGAGUGAAUAUGGUUACAAGUCAAGGCAGCGCGGGGAGAGAAGAAGCUUUAGAGAAAGCGAUAAGGAAAUGUCCCGAAGUCGGAGCUUGAUUCGAAGAUCUGCAAGACCGAAAAUGAAAGCAACGGACCCAAAUAAAAAUGACUGUGUCAUCUGUUAGCUCAUUACGUGAUUAUAAUUGUGUAGAUUGGUAUUGAUUGUCCCAAGUGUGAUUCAGGAGUGUGAACACAUGAGAUGGAUGCGUCUGUUCUUUGGAACAUAAAGCUUCAUCUAGAUUUUCCUUUCUACAUGGAUGCAGUGACGCGGUCUGCCUCGAUUGAUUGAAAAUGUCUUGUCCUUUGGUUUAGACGGGCAUUCGUCAUGCAUGUCAGUUCUUCCGUUAUUUGCUGCAUACUUUAAGAUUAAUACGUAUGAAAACACAUUCAAUUGUAUGAUUCAAUCAACAUCUUUGUUCAGCUUCUGCUCUGCUAGGAAACGAGGAGAUAAUUCGAUGUAAUCACUGCUUAAUGAAGCCUUAUAUUAAUAUAUGUAUACAGCAAUGUUUACCCGAGGGCCGUGCAAUUAUUUGCAUUAUUGUAUUUCAGCGAAUUGUCUGCCGUUCUCGAAAAUUGAGACAUUUGGUAUGGAUAAGUAAUGAACUAUUGUGUGAAAAUUAUAUUGUAUUAUUAUCCUGUUGUUUCUGCUUUUGAAGGUGUGAUAACAUUUGACCGUUAUUUUCAUAGAUGAUAAUAUGGAGGUUUUGUUAUUGUACGGGGGUAACAAGAUGUCAAUAAACACUACUCGCGAGGCAUGAUUCUUAUGCGAAACUAGAUUGAAAUAAGGGACAUACAAAUAUAAAACAAUAGAAAAAAAUCAACAUAUAUUUAAUCCACCUGGCUUAAAAAAAGAUUGAAUGAAGAGUGCGUGUCGAAACAAGAUCAUGGAAUAUCACUACGGAGCACGCGAAACAAUUCCUAACCGUAUUAUAGCAUCUGAAGAAAAUACUCUAUAUAAAAAAUAGUCUCAAGAUAACGUGGGUUGUCAUGAAGAAAUCAAUUUAUUACUUAGGAAGGUAAUUUUCGCCAGAGAUUUAAUCCCUUUUAACAGGUUUACGUAGAUUGAAACACCCCCAUACGGAUUUCAGUAUCGUCAUGCUUACUAAGAAGCACUGUUAAGUACCUGUGCAAAUUAAAUUAGGUUCGUUACUGCACGUAAACAGUGUAUUCCAACCAUGCAGAGGUAAACACACUAUUGGUUGGAGGUAUGAUGUUCUUGCUUCAGGCGUCUGUUCUAAUUUCGAUGCCAAACAAUAAUAG